AUGUGGCUUACCGGAAGUCUAUUUUUCUGCUGCCUGGCUCUCGGGGGGCUGCCCAAGGUCCACUGCUCGUGUCCGCUGCAGUGCAGCUGCAUCUUCCACAGCCUCAGCGAUGGGACCAAAGCCAGGACGGUGUUGUGCAACGACCCCGAGUUGACCCUGAUGCCUGUAGCCAUUCCAUCUGACACCCAGAAGCUCCGCAUAGAGAAGACAUCCAUCCGGUGGGUCCCCGAAGAGGUCUUCAAUGGGCUCUCGCACCUGGAAUACCUGUGGCUGCCCUACAACUCCCUGGCCAGCUUCAGCCCGGGGCUGCUGCGGGGGUUGCGGCAGUUGCGGGAGCUGCGGCUGGGCGGGAACCACCUGGUCUCAUUUCCCUGGGAAGCGCUGGGCAGCACGCCCCAGCUCAGCCUGCUGGACCUGCGUGGCAACCUCCUCCCCUCCGUGCCUGGAGAAGCUGCCCGCUUCAUCGGGAAUCUCACUUACCUGGACCUCUCUAGUAACAGACUGAAGAACCUUCCCCAGGAACUCAUUGCCACCUGGUCCAACCUCCAGGCUGCUCCACACUUCCCCAGCGACAACUCCAAGGUGAUUUUAGGUUUACAGGACAACCCUUGGGUGUGUGACUGCAGCUUGUAUGAAAUGGUCCACUUCCUCAACUUCCAGCCUCCACACUUGGCCUUCAUAGAGUCCAGACUGAAAUGCUUCACGCCCUGGAGUCUGGCUGGCGUCACCUUCAGCCAGGUGAAGUUGAAGAAAUGCCAAAGUCCCCGGGUCCACACGUCUGUGGCCAAAGUGAAGACGGUCCUGGGGAGCCCCGUGUGGUUGCGCUGCGGGACGUCGGGGGUGCCCGUGCCGGAGCUCAGCUGGAGGAGGGUAGACGGGCACCAGCUGAGUGGCACAGUGCACCAGGAAAUCUCCAGCGAUGGCAUGAGCUGGUCUGUUCUGGGCCUGCCAGUAGUGUCCUAUGGUGACUCCGGGGAAUAUGUCUGCCAAGCUGAAAACCCCCUGGGGGUCGCGGAGGCCUUCAUCUCUCUCAUCAUCAUCGAUGCGGAGAGCCCUUGGGGACCGAGUGGAAGCCCUCAGCAGGGGCGGCUCGGAGGCUCGAAUGCACUGAAAGCGGCUUCUUUCAAGGACAAGUUGGUGGCCGGGUAUGUCCUCGGCUCCCCCAGCCUGCCCACGCCGGUGUUCCGGACCCUCUUCCCAGUCCCGGCACGGGACCCCGAGCCCCGGCCCAGCCAUGGGAGCAGUCCGCCAGACCUUGAGGCUCCGCAACGGGCCCCCGGCCCCGGACCGCCCCAUGAACGGGCCGGUGUGACCGGGGUGCCGCCCCCGAGCCGACCUGCCACUCAGCCGGAACUUGAGCGCACGGUGAGGUCCGUCAAGGUCAUCGGGGACACACAUCACAGUGUGUCUCUGGCUUGGAAGCCCCUACGGGCCGGACCCACGGCCACCUUCAACGUCCUCUAUGCCGUCUUCGGUGAGAGGGACAUGCGCCGCAUCAGCGUGGGGCCGGGUAAGACCAGGGUGACCAUCGAUGGGCUGACGCCUCAGACCAAGUACAUCGCCUGUGUCUGCCUGGGGGCGAACGUGCCCAGAAAGGAGCAGUGUGUCAUCUUUUCCACGGACGAGGCCGCCAGCGCCGGAGGUACGCAGAAACUCAUCAACGUGGUGGUGGUCAGCGUGGCCUGUGUCAUCGCGGUGCCCCUGACCCUGAUGGUCUGCUGCGGGGCUCUGAGACGCCGGUGCAGAAAGUGCUUCACGCGGGAGCCCGAGGGCCCUCAGGAUGCCUAUGGGACCUUUGAGACCCUGUCCCCUGGGGCGCUCGGCAACGGAGACAGGGAAGGAGGAGGAGGAAGAAGAGGAGGAGGCAGCUCCGACGAGGCCAACAGACUGUUGUCAGCCCGGACCAGCGUGGACUCUCAGGCUGGACUCAAGGGGGUGGGGCCCUUACCGCCCAAUGGCCACAUCUGCUGAUGUUAUCCCCACUACCUACACACUUCUGUGUCCUCCUUUCUGCCCACGUCUGACACAU